CCCGGCUCCGGGUCCAGCGUUUUUUUUUUUCAAACGGAGUUUGAAAGUUGUCAACAGAAGAAAAAACCAGAUCCAGGACCAGGACCGGAACCAAGACCAGGACCGGGACCGGGACCGGGACCCCCCAAAGCAGGAAUGGGCUGCACGCAAAGCAAGAAGAAAAGCAAAGGAAAGAAAGGGGAAACGAGCGGGCGGCGAGAUGACGGCGGCCAGCGGGUCCUGGAGGGGCAGCUGAAGGUCCUGAGGGAGGUCCUGUCAGCGGGGGGCAGCCCGGAGGGGGCGGAGCUACUGCGUCGCCAUACCAACGAAGAAGUCUGCGGGCUGGUGCUCGCCAUCCUGGACAAGGUAAAAACUGAGACAAAAACCGAACUGAACGUGGUCCACGAGCAGAAAAGUAAAGCCACUGUGGAGGAACACCAGAAAAUCCUGAAAGAGCUUCAGAUGAAACACGAACAGGAGAAAACUCAGCAGGCUCAAACGUUCCAGACGGCUGAAAACGCUCUGAAGGCCAAAGUGGACGAAUUGUCGGCAGAACUUCAGGUUUUCAACGAGCUGAAGAGACGAGUUCAGGAGUCAACCUUCAAGAGAGACCUCCAGAGGAACAUCCAGGAGCACGGCAGCCCAGGUGCAUUCUGGGAGUCCGAGCAGGAGUCCCUGCUGUUCGUCAUCGAGAUGAAGACUGAGCGCGUGCAGGAGCAGAGCAGGAAGCUGCAGCUGAUGCACGAACUGGUGGAGAAGAACCUCUCUCUGGAGGACCAGAUCAUCAACGUCCUGCAGCAGAACGAGGAUCUGAGGGUUCGGAUGGACAACUGUCACACUGUGAUCCAGCAGCUGUCGGUGGAGCAGCAGCAGCUGAAGGCGGCGUUGGACCGGCAACUCGCCGCCAACCAGCAGCUUUCUCAGGAAAAGGAGCAGCUGAUGUUCAAGCUGAGACACAGAGACUCCGCCCCCCCCAUCCAGCUGCUGGCCCCCCGAUGACCCCGGGGGGGGGCCUCAGGGGGACCGGGACCAGACCUCUGAGCCCACCGGGAUGCUUUUAACCUGCAGGUUCAUGUGGAAAUGGGAGAUUACGAGCCAGAACUCAGGAGCUGCUCAAGCUGAGAGAGGCUAAGAGAUGCUAAGAGAUGCUAAGAGAGGCUAAAAGAGGCU